AGAGAUGGCUGCUGCUCAGCUCCGAUACACAAGCUUAUUUUCAUACACUGCUCUUCUGCUGAUUGGGUACUCCCUCUAUGAUGUGGAGACUUCCAGUUGUGAAAGAAACAUCCAUAAAAAAGUUGGCGACACCGUGGAGUUGUCAUCAUGCUCACCAGCUGAAGGGGUCACCUCAGCAUAUUGGAAAUAUGAAGGGUUAAGAAUUGCGAGAAAAAAUGUGGAUGUUUCUGGAAAACAUCAGUUCGAGGGCAGAUUAGACCUAAACCCUUCAAGCUUAGAUUUAACAGUGAGAGGACUGACUCUCCAAGAUUCUGGUGUGUUCAGUUUUCUCUCAGAGGUGAAUAACAAACAAAGGCCGACAGUAACCAUCACUCUGCAUGUUCAUGAGCCCAUAACUAUAGCGCCCGCUGUGACUUCCAAUUCCACCUGGUACCCCCUGAACCAGUCCUGUACAGUUUUGCUGGAGUGCAGUGCAACCACUGACAGCCCAGGUGUCACCUACACCUGGGCUGUUGGGAACGAAACCAUGAAUGGCUCCAGCCUGCAACACGUCAUCACCCCUCAGGACGGAGACACCAGAUUCACCUGCACAAUCUCCAAUUUUGUCAAUGAGAAGUCGACAAUCGAAACAGUGAAGUGCACACCGAAAAAAGUGUCCCACUUCUCACCUCCUGCACCGUUGAUUAUCGGCACCGUCAUUGGCAUUUUAGUGUUUAUUCUCCUGCUGCUUGCACUGCUUUUCUACACAAAGUCAAACGAGUUACCCAGGAUGAAUCCCAGCAGCCCGUGUACUCCUCUCUUCUCCAUGGUGAUGGCUGUGUCUAUGAAACUAUGAGAGGCUUAGAAGAUGCUGGAACAGGUACAGUAUAAACUUUUAUUUACAUUGAGCUGUUUAAAAACUCUGAGGGUAAAAUUUAAGUUCAUCAAAACAUUCUUAGUUCAUUCUUUCUUAUUUUCCAAUUAAAAUGAAUGCAACAAAAAAAACUCAGAAUAUAAAAACAUACAGUCUCUCAGAAAUUUGUAUAUAUUGGGAAUUGAGGGUACAAAAUAGUGCCAACUAAAAUAUAUGGGUCCAUAUCUUUCUUCUGUGGCAUUUGAACAUACUGUAUUCACUGUCUAAAUGUGUCUGAAUGUGGGAGGGUGUCUCAGCAACACUUCUCUGAAAGAGGAAAUGACAUGCACAAAUGCUCAUCUCUGACUACCUGAUGUGUUUAAAUGACCCUGACUUAAUUAUGAUUGACCUGUAGGUGAUGACUGUGUCUAUGAAUAAAUGUGAAGCACUGAAGAAGCUGUAAUUUGGUACAGUACACCCUACACGUCAUUAUCACGUUUCCCCACUACACCAAUAUUAUCCUGUACCUCUCAUCAUUUUUUUCUUUUAAGUCUUUUCCUCCAAAUGUUGUUCCAGCGUCAGAAAGAGAAGUGCACCGUUAACAAAACAAGAGAAGCACAGAUGAAAACAUGAAAAACAACAUUCAUGCCAAGGCAGCUUUACAGCAUUUAGUUUUUAUGUAUGUGCAUUCAUCUGUCCUCAACUCAUCUGUAUAGAUAUUCUGCUCUAUCUCACAGAGUAAUGUUUAUUUAUGUUCUUUUAAAGUUAUUUUACAGUGUUCUGAGCAGCAAGGAGUGUCAUUUAUAGGAAUGCUGUCUGUAUUUUUUCACACUGCUUUAUAUUUUUAGCCUCUUGGUGGAGCAGUGCGGUUUUCCUUCCAGUUAGUUGCUGCUUAGCAGUUCAUGUGGUCAAAUAUCAUAGCGGAUGCAUCAGUGAGUGCGUGCAUGAUGCAUAGCAUAAUGCAUGAGAACAUUUAAACACAUUUGUUAAACUAUGUUGUAUCAUUGCAAAGUGUAUAGUAUAUAUAUUAUUUGCAACUAUUUAAAAUGUUUAAUUCAAAAUAGUUUUUUCCUUCAUUUAGGCAACUUCCUUCUUCAGUACGUAAAUACAAUGUUGUUGUUAUAACUGUGUGUUAUCUUUUGUUUGUUUUUGUUUAUACCUAUUGGAAUAACAUUUAGAUUAUUUUUCAUGUCAGCAGUUUUAUGUCAAAAUUGAUUGAG